AUGGCAAACAACUUCUUUUUGAAUGGAGAGGUUCUUUAUAAGAGGACACCCGAUCUGGGAUUACUGAGAUGUGUGGAUGCUGUAGAGGCCGCAAAAUUGCUUGAAGAAGUGCACGCUGGAGUUUGUGGGACGCACAUGAAUGGGUUUACAUUAGCAAAGAAAAUCUUAAGGGCGGGAUACUUUUGGAUGACUAUGGAAAAUGAUUGUGGUCGAUUAGUCCAAAAAUAUCAUAAAGGCCAGGUACACGGAGAUCUGAUCAAAGUACCACCCCACGAGCUCAAUACGAUGAGUUCUCCUUGGCCAUUUGCAGCCUGGGGCAUGGAUGUUAUUGGACCGAUUGAGCUUGCUGCCUCCAAUGGUCAUAGGUUCAUUUUGGUCGCCAUUGAUUACUUCACCAAGUGGGUCGAAGUUGCUUCCUACAAAGCUGUGACAAAGAAAGUUGUGGCCGACUUUGUUCGCAACAAUUUGAUAUGUCGUUUUGGAGUUCCAGAGUCUCAUCACAAACAAUGUGAACAAUUCAAAAUUACCCACCGCAAUUCAACUGCAUAUUGCCCUCAGAUGAAUGGAGCUGUGGAAGCUACUAAUAAGAACAUCAAGAGGAUACUGAGAAAGAUGAUUGGCAACUACAAAUGUUGGCAUGAAAAUUUGCCUUAUGCUUUGCUAUGUUACCGCACCACAAUCCGAACCUCAACUGGAGCAACUCCUUAUCUAUUGGUAUACGGAACAGAAGCAGUGAUACCAGCUGAAGUUGAGAUACCAUCUUUAAGGAUUAUUCAGGAAGCUGGAUUGAGUGAUGCCGAGUGGGUUCGUGACCGAUAUGAGCAGUUACAUUGA